AUGGUUCGUCGUUCGAUUGCGGUUUGUCUGCUGUACGCGCUGGCCGUGAUUGGCUCGGCACUGUCCAGCCCAGCCGGGAACCGCAUCGUCGGUGGACAAUUGGCGGAAGACGCCCAAAUGCCGUACCAGAUUGCGCUCUUUUACGAGGACAAAUUCCGUUGCGGUGGCUCGAUUAUUGGAGCUCGCCACGUCCUUACGGCGGCCCAUUGCGUGCUGGACGGCGAUAAGGUUCUCGAUGCCGCACGAUUUUCCGUCCAUGCCGGAUCGGUGGACCUGAACGCCGGAGGUCGUCGUUACGAGGUGGAAGAAGUGAUCCCACACGAGCAGUACGGAUUCUUCCAGCAUGACAUUGCCCUGCUGCAGAUGAGAGGGCGGUUUCGCUUUGACGAGCACAUCCGUCCGAUCGAGCUGAUGAACAAGGAGCUUCCGGUUGGCAGUCCGGUGGUGAUUUCUGGUUACGGACGUGUUGCUGACGACAAACCGAGCUCUCCGGUGUUGCUGUACACCACGAUGUUCGUGGUGGAAGACACGGUGUGCAGUGACAUAGCUGCCAACCUGAUCUGCAUCGAUAGGCCGGGUAACUAUGGGGCCUGUAAUGGGGAUUCGGGAGGACCCGCUGUUCACGCCGGCAAGUUGGUGGGAGUUGCCAACUUCAUUAUCGACCGCUGUGGUGGAGACCAUCCGGAUGGUUACGCGAAAGUGUCCUUCUACCUGGAUUGGAUUCGAAAGAUCCAACAGUCGCAUCCGUAA